CGUCCAUUUAAAACGGCAUUUUAAACUUCCACUUUCUCCGUCUCUCUUAGAUCUCCAAAUAUCGCCGCUUCCGUGUCUUAUCUCUCUCUCUUAUCGAAGGAUAGUCUAGGGAGCAGCCAACAAAAGUAAAAAGAGACCAAAGUCAUAAAUAAACGGCAAGAUGUCCCACCUUCAGUUUGACGCUAAGCUCAGUGAAGCGUUAAGGAUGGACGGAGAUUUGACGAGGGGGCCAGUUCCCAGGUGGCAGCGGAAGGCGAUGGAACAGGGAAUGCAACAACUCUCCAUAAGCAAUGAAAACAGUUUUGCCAACAAAUCCGGUUAUAACAGUCCAAAGUCAGCUAAAACUCCACACAGCAGAUCUUUCCUUGAUAGCAAGAGCCCUGGUCGAGGAAAGUCUCCAAGCAGGUCCAAGUCGCCAGGUCGCAGGAUUCCAAAGCUGACAGUUCGUGGUGCAGGACAGAAGACUCCCUCUCGCAAAACUCCCGCCACACCACAUAACCAGCAAGACAGAUUCAUUCCAAACCGAAGUACCACAGAUACGGAACGUUCUCACCACCUCUUGGUCACCAGCAUGGAGGCUUCGGGAGGUGACAAGUCCACAGAGGAGGAUGAAGUGUCCCUUCAGCAGAAGGAAUAUCAGGAAAAGAUGACAGAGAACCUAAACGAUGGGGUGGCACCUGAGUUGAGGGUUUUGUCAUUUAAGAGCAAGGCACCACAAGCAAAAGAAGGACAUUUGAACAACCACAAAGUGCUGUACAGUGCCGGAAAACCCACUGUGCCCAAGGCUGCCACAACAAGACACAUUCCCAACAUGCCAGAAAAGGUUCUUGAUGCCCCGGAACUUCUUGAUGAUUACUAUCUUCACCUUCUUGACUGGAGUGUGAACAACCACUUGGCUGUAGCUCUGGGAAAUUCAGUAUAUGUCUGGAAUGCUGGCGAUGGUUCCAUUACCCCCCUGUGCCAGCUGGACGACCCCGACUAUGUCUGCUCUCUGUCGUGGAUUAAGGAAGGUAAUGUGCUUGCCAUUGGCAAUAGCUCGGGUGUCACGCAACUCUGGGAUGUUGCACAGCAGAAGCUUGUGCGCUCUAUGGGUGGCCAUGAGAGCCGUGUCACCACCCUUUCCUGGAACUCGUACAUCCUCUCCUCCGGUUCACGCUUAGGACAGAUUUUCCACCAUGAUGUCAGAGUGGCUGAACAUCAUGUGACAACCUUAGCUGGACAUUCACAGGAGGUCUGUGGUCUAAAGUGGUCUCCUGAUGGGCGUUUGCUUGCCUCGGGUGGAAAUGAUAAUCAGGUAAACAUCUGGGAUAGCAUGAAUACUACUCCAGUCCACACGCUAACUCAACAUCAAGCCGCUGUCAAAGCUGUAGCUUGGUGUCCGUGGCAGAACAAUCUCCUUGCAACGGGUGGAGGGACAGCUGACCGAACCAUCAGAUUGUGGAACUGCACAACUGGAAUUUGUCUUAAAGAUACCACAACUAAUUCUCAGGUGUCAUCCAUUGUUUGGUCGGCACACUACAAAGAGUUCAUAUCUGGCCAUGGAUUCUCUAAUAAUCAGCUAACCAUCUGGAAAUACCCAACUAUGGCAAAGGUGGCUGACCUCACAGGUCACACUGGCAGAGUACUGGAGUUGUGUGUGUCUCCUGAUGGUCAGAUGGUAGUGAGUGCAGCAGCUGACGAGACCAUCCGGAUGUGGAAAUGCUGGGCCAUGGACAAAAAGGACAAGAAACAGGCCGAUGCAAACAAAGGCCAUCCAAUAUCCAUGCUUGCUCAAACCAUUCGAUAAAUUUUAUGGUCAUGUCAGCCUUCCACCUCUUUCCUCUGUUUUUCUUUUACUUUAUUUUUAUUAUUGAUAGGUCCAUCAUAGGGAUUUCUUUUUUACAUUCCUAAACAAUCGCCUGCCUGUGAUAAGUGGGUGUUGUUUGAAUUCCUCUUUGCAAAAUGUGAUUUAAGUGCAUUUGUAAAACAUUAGGAAUGAAUGUACAGAAUCUCAAGUUCAUUAUCAAAAUCUAUAUCUCUUCAACUUUUAAAUGUGUUCAUGGGAGAUAUGAUGUGAUUUUCUUCUCAAUUUUUAUUCUUGUAACUUGGGUUCAUUCUUUAAUAUUUUGUAUUAAAUGUGAAAUGAAUGUGACUUGCAUCUUUGUUAUAAGAACUGCUAGAUGUUUUGUAAUUGUCAGGAAUCUACCAUUUCUGCCUUUAUCUAUGGUAGACUUUUCAUGUAUUGGAAGUUCUCCAUCCAUAAGACAUGUAAUAUUUAGAUACCAAUGAUUUUAUUCCUCAAAACCAGAGAUGGUAGAAGUCUCAAAGCGUUCCAUAAUUUCUUGCAGCUGUAAAUAUACUUUUCUAUUACCUAUAUAAUAUAUAAGCUUUAACAGGAAUAAAUUUUCAGUGAUUCAUGUGUGUCUGGUUAAUGUAUCAUUAUCAGACAUUUUUUUACAGAUAUAGUGUAGAAUCAAUUGCACAGAUCAUAGUACAUUGGUUGCCAGUACUUCCAAAGAACAGCCUCCUUUGUUUCUGUGCAAUAUGCCUUCUUAAUUACUGUAGCACUAUUUUUAUGGCUUGAAAUAAAUAUCACUUUCUUU